GGGCAGUCCGCUGGAGGAGACACUCAUUGGAUGCAACGUGCUCUUCUAGUCUAUUGUCGUGGACAGGGCUGAGUCACUAGACUAGAGGAUCCAGUCCAGUGCUUUAAACAUUUGAGUCCUCCAUUCUCUCUAACAACAUAACUAAGAUGGAUUCCUACCAUGUUUUGGCACAAGUGGGGCAGGGUUCCUUUGGCCGAGUUCAUAAAGGAAUGAAAAGAUUUACAGGCCAAGUAGUAGCUCUGAAGUUCAUUCCAAAGAUGGGACGUUCCAAUAAAGAGCUGCAGAGUUUAAAGAAAGAAAUCGAUAUUAUGAGUAACCUUCAGCAUCCUAACAUUGUGAAGCUUUUUGACAGCUUUGAAACUGAAACCGAGGUAAUUGUUGUGACCGAGUAUGCUGAGGGUCAGUUAUUCCAGAUCAUUGAAGCUGAUGGGAGCUUACCAGAAAGCCAGGUUUGUGAGAUUGCCUGCCAGCUAGUGUCAGCUCUGUAUUAUUUGCACUCCCGCCGUAUUCUCCAUCGAGACAUGAAACCACAAAAUAUCCUCUUUGAUAAAAACGGUGUGGUGAAACUGUGCGACUUUGGGUUUGCUCGGGCAAUGAGCAUCUCCACCAUGGUGGUGACUUCAAUCAUGGGAACGCCACUGUACAUGUCCCCCGAGUUGGUGGCAGAAAAGCCUUACGACCACACGGCCGACCUCUGGGCGCUAGGCUGCAUUCUUUAUGAAAUCCACACAGGAAUUCCACCGUUUCGUGCCGAUUCCAUCUUCCAAUUGGGACAGCUCAUCGUGAGCGACCCCAUCCAGUGGCCAGACAAUAUGAGCAGCGCGUGUAAAAGUUUCCUGAAAGGUUUGUUAAUCAAAGACCCACAGAUGCGACUGUCAUGGCCAGACCUCCUGCAUCAUCCUUUUGUUGCUAAUGGUGUUAAAGUGAUUCCAGACGAAGCUAUUUUUAGUCCUCUAACAGCCACACUUGACCCAGACAUGUUGGCUCGGAAACUGAAACAAAUGGCAGAAAAGACGUCAACUGACACUGGAGAGAAGAGAAUAUUUCGAAAGCUUCGGGAGCAAAGAAACAAAAGCAACAUGAAGAAAGUGGUAGACAGCGCUAAUGAAAAGAGGGAUGGAGUGGAAUCUGAAGGAGAUUGCGGAGCGGCAGUAAUGCAACUUUUGGAUUCAUCCGCCCCUGUUGAUAUCGCCUCAGAUAAUUCAACCUUUGCACCUCCAAGUUUUGAUCAAAGCAACCAAAUUGAGACUACGUCAAGUCAAUUAGACAGGGGUCCCAUCAGUCGGGACUAUGAACGAGAGUUUCCCUCAGUAGAGGUUGGGCCACGACUACAGACAAGGACACGCAAACGUUCCACAGCGGCUGACAGUGAGGAAUUCUGGGAGAAGCUUCUUGAGGAGUCAGAUCCAAGCCAACAAAACCAAGAAGAGUUCAACUACAGUACCAUUAUUUCCAAACUGAGAUCCGCCAUUUUAGUGUUGAAGCAAGAGUUGCGUGAUGGUGUCCUAAAAAACACGGGCCACAUUGGCUACCCGCUGAAGGUCCUGCACAACCUGAUUCUGACCUCUGACCUUGCCCUGAGAAACCACAUUAACAGUGAACUUGGAUUGCCAUGUCUCCUCUUCGACUUGAUUCAUGAUUGUGUUGCGAACUCACACUUCAUUGAGCAGCCGUGGAGUCUCCAAAACCUUGGAGAAAUGAUUGCUGUGCUGUUGCUCUAUUGGGACAUGAACAAUGAUUGGCUGAAGGAAGAAAAUAGAGCUGAAGACUUGAUCAAGCCCUUUGUGACAAUUCUUCAUCAAGCUAACCUCCGUCCUUUAGUUCCUCUGUCGGCCUCCGUUUUGUCCCUCUUUGCUCGACACGGGGUUGCUGUCAAUGUUGACGUGGACAUGCUCGGCUUCUUGCUGAAAGAGCACGUAUCUGGAUCACAUCAAUUCCAAUUUGCAUUCCUGUCAAACGGGGGGCUCUGUGACGGUCUUCUGUAUUUACUUGUGCACACACUCUCUGAGCAUGGAUGUGGAUUUUCAUGUUUGGAUCCACAUACAUUUUAUCGUCUUUGGAAAAGGACUGGAACAUCGUUAGUUUGGACAACGCCAGAAAUGGACUUUUGUUCAGCAAAUGGACUUUACUUCCUCAUGUGUGCCACCCUGAUGGUCUUUUGCAAUGAUCCAUAUUCAUAUCUUUCACUCUAUUCUAAGAGCAAGUCAACAUUUAUUUACACUCUUGUCUGGCUGCUGAGCCCUGAAUGUCUUCCUUGGUUUGCUGAAGGCAGUCCAGUGAAACUUGAAGAGGGUCUUCAACACGAGAACUUUAUUGAGUUGAGCUGCCACUUCCUUUGCCUUCCCUUUGCUUUGGACCUGACUUCACACACCAGUUCCAGGAUAUUGCAGUUGUAUGAUAGCUGUGGCGUUGCGAAAGGGCUUCUGCAGGUGAUUGAAACUCUUCCUGUUUCAUUAGUGGAGCUGCCACUGGCACUUCUACGUCGCUUGUUGCUAUGUGACCGUCAGCGCUCUGUUUCCCGCCUCAGUAAAGCUGCUCGCGGCUUUUUCUCUGCACCGGCGCUCACUCCGUUGGGUCAGCAGACACCGACCAGAACCGCCAGCUCUUUACUCUCUGAUUUGCUGCAGCAUGAUGAGCUCGGGGACUCUGCUGUAGAACUCCUUUCUCUGUUCUACCUCAUCACUUGUUUUUGCUCCAAUUCGAGUCACAUUCAGCUUUACCUUGAAUCGUCCGUGCUGCUCCAGGCGCUCGGUCACUCUUAUGGACCGAUCAAGGCCGCCACAUGCAAGACUUUGGGAAUGUUGUGUCCAUUCAAGUCCCCCAAUAUGCACAAUUUACAUCCGGACAUAUUCAAAAGCAUGAUUGACCUUCUCGAGGACUCUAAUGUGCAGGUGAGGCAGGCGGCUUGCUUGUCAGUUGGCAAAUGGUUGGGUCAUAUUGCAGUGCAGGCAAAGUUGAAAGUAGAAAGGCCCAAUGGAAAUGUCUGCAACAAUACGGACUGGUUAAAAGAGGACAGUGAUGAAAACAAGGGUUCAAGCCGAGAGACAGCCAUUGGGAUAGCAAAGAAUGUGUUGGAUCAUAGCGAUAUGAGAAUGUGGCUUGAAAAAACGAGAAUGACGGGUGCCACUCAUGCAUCACUGACCUCUGACCCUGAUGCCCGCACUCGUUUCUACGCUUGUGCAGCUCUGGGAAACCUGCUGCAUGUUCAAGGUGCCAUACCUGAGCUGCUUGAAGAGAGUGUCCAGAUUACUUCUGAGAGCCGCCUGCACAGAUUCCCACAAGGCAGUGAGAGAAAAUGCCAUUGCAACUUUUAAUUUUGUACACACAUCAGGACUCAAUGCUCGAGGUUCUGCUGUCCCUAAAUGCUGAAAAGGAACUUCUUCGGGCGUCACAGCAUGCACCUUGUGAUUGUGACUAUCUUCCUCUCAUCAGACAACUGAAAGUUAAUUGAGAGAAAUCCCGGGUUGUCAUAAAUUAUUAAUUGUCUGGAAAAGCUUGCUACUUUUAACAAAAUGGCACUAAGGAUGUGUGCAAAACAUGACUUUUUAUAUUGGCUUGGCUCAAUCUCUCGUACUGAGUCAAUUAAAAGUGUUAUCCAAAAAUUUCUAAGAUUUGAUGAGAAGCAGUAAGGAUGGCGUGGACGUUUCCCAUACAUGUGCAUGUCCGGGAUGAGUUAUUCCUGUACAGACAUGAUAAAUCUGCGACAUCUAGUGGAUAUUAAAAGUACUACAGUCCACUAACACA